AUAUAUUUUGCUUCUUACAGUAUUAACAUACAUAGAUUAGAGUAAAAUUUUCUUCACCGAAGUUAAAACGCUUUCAUCUUAUCAUCAUCAUCAUGAAUUUUUACAUUGGAAAUAUUCUGGCAUGGAUUUAUUAAAGUUUGGGAAAUAUAUUUUAAUCAAAAUGAAAAAAUAUCACAAUGUGAUUGGACUUAUCCUAGUGUUCUUCAUACUUCUGCUUAGGUUUAUACCAAGCAUGAAUGAAAAUCCCCAACAACUGGAAACACGAUCUGCCAAGCCUCCAACUUCUGUAACAUCGAAUGGGUCAAAAAUUUUCGACAGUUGGACUGGAAAUUUGAAAUUACGAGAUGUGAUUUUCGACCAUUCGGAAGUUACUGUCGUUUUCUACUAUGCUCCAUGGUGCGUUAGAUCAAUGGAUGCUUUGAGAGAGUUGGAGGAUGCAGCCAGUGUGUUGCACAAACAGGUUUCAUUCGUCGCUGUUAAUUGUUGGUGGAACCAAGGUGAUUGUCGAGGACAUUUUCAAUUCUUUAGAUUCCCUCAAAUUUAUAUUCAUCAUAAAAACUUGAGGAAAAGUGUUUUAUAUGAUGGUCCAUUGAAAAAGAAGCAUUUUAUAUAUUUUCUGAAUAAAAUUUUGAAUCCAUUGACAUAUUUGCCGACCAAACUAGAAGUGGAGAAAUUUAUGUUCGAGAACCAGUUCACAGUGCUGUCACACAUCGACCCAAGCCAUGACAAAGAUCUGAUGUUUUAUUCUGUUCUUGCAAUUAGACAGUUGGAAAUGUAUGAUCUUCCUGUCCAAUUUGGUCUCAUAGUGGAGAAACAACUCGCCAAAUCAUAUUUCCUGAGGCCGAACAUACUUCAAGUACGAAACAAGAUGAAACCACGAGAAAUUGUUCAUUUGAAAUUCCAUUCAACCAUGGAUCAAAUUAUUCAAAGUUUGAAAAAAUUUCAGAGCAAAUUGAUUUCUCCAGACAUUGACCUGCCUGGUGUGAAAACCAAUUAUUUAUAUCAAACUAUUCAUAAAGGUGCUACUUUGAUUGUAUUUAUUUCGUCAGAAAAUUUAGAAACGAGAGAGCUAUUUAUUGAAAAGAUUCGACAUCUUGUCUUCCAAUAUAAAAGAUGUCCAGAAAUCUAUGAGCAAACGAAACAAAUCUAUGCACACACGCUGUCACCAGAGAACAAAUGUUGCCAAAGCGUCCUUUUUGAGGAUUCCAAUUCUAUUUCACUAGUAUGCAGUAUCUGCGUGAAGCAAGGCAAUCCAAACAAAUCAUACUAUGCAGAAUGUGGCUGGAUAAGAGACUAUAUUUCAAGUGUUGCAGUUGGCAACGACAAGUGGAUUAGAUAUGCUCAGGAAAAAAUAUCCUUUUCGACAAACUCUGUUUUAUGCACGAAAUUUUUACGUUCCUACGAUACGCACAGAGUGAAUUUAGGCAUUUGCUGUGAAGCAAAAGAUAACAUUUUGGAAAAUUCUGAAAAACUUUCCGAAAAACAGGAAAUUUGUAUUGAUGAACUUUUAAAUAAAACACGAAAAUUAUCACUAAUUUCAACUGAUAAUGGAGAAACAGUGAUAAGGGAUACAUCAGGAACUGAUAACUCGAUUAUAUUUACUGAUAACAACCCUUUUAUCAGUGAUAAUUGUACUGAUAGCAUUAUAUCAGGAAUAUAUUGCAAAACAAACAGAACUUUGCAACUUUUAACUCUGGAUCUAGAGAGACAUAAAGCACUAUCACGGAAUUUGGGAGUUAACGAAGAAAAUGUUUAUCACAUCGGAGAAACGAAAAUAGGGGCUGUGAUCUUUGACCCCUUCAAUGACUUUCGACAUGUUAUGACAUCAUCGCAUUUUCACUUAGAAAACUUCAUCAUAAAUUAUACACUGGGAAUCUUACCACAAACUUAUCAUGCUACAAGUCUUAAAAUCAAGCCAUGCGUUCCAACUUCAACAAGUCCAUGCGUUCAUGAAAUCACAGCGAAUAGUUUUGAAGAAACUGUUCUGAAUAAUAAGAAGGAUGUUCUUCUCUUCUACUAUGUUCCCUGGUGUUCAGCCUGUUCUUCUAUAUCACACAUAUAUUUAACACUAGCUCACCUCCUUCACCACACAAACCCAGUGAUACUGGCUCGAAUUGAUGCUCACGAAAACGAAUUACCGUCACAUUUCACUGUUCAAAGUUACCCUACUUUCAUGAUUUUUCCCGCUGGAAGAUCAGCUGAUUCAUCUGUCUUUCCUCAAGAUACUGAAAUCACAGUUGCCAGAUUAUUAUCAUUCAUUUUGAAGAACGGAUCCAUACACACCAAAUUCGAUGUUUUAAAGCAACUUUGCUUCAACGGUGAAGAUUAUCCGAGGAUAAAAAGAGCUGCAUGUGAUAAAUUAAAAGCUAUGCUAUAUAUAUCUUGAAUUUGGAAAAUUCCAAAAAAUCACUGAAGCGAGUUUUGAGGAUGAUAUUGCCGUUAGAGUCAAAAUUAUAGUUUUGGUACUCCCGUAGUAUGUGUACCAGGUUAAGUUUAGGCCAUAAUUUUAUUUCGAUUCUCCCUACUUUAGUUAAAUUAUGCGUCUGGACCUGUCUGUGUUAGCCAAGUGAAUAUACUGGUAGGUCUCAGUCUCUUUACACAACUUGAUGUAAAAUAGGCGAACAAAAUUAGUUACCUCCAUAUUGGUACACAUACUUAUGGAGGGCCAUAGUUUUAACUUAUAAUGUGUGCAUUUGGAACAUUUCGCAGAAUCACAGUGGUAUGCAGCAACCAGUAGUUUAAUUUGAGAAUUUUUCUGCAAAAUCACAACAAAUCUUAAAAUCUAUUUCUGUAUUAUGUAUUGUUUGGAUCAUAGGAAUGGCAAAAUCACUGAAGCAUAUCAGCAGAGCUUGAAAUUUAUUUAUACAUUAUGAGUUGAUAAAGUUUGUGGAUUAUGUACAGAGCUUAAAAUUUAAUUUAUUUCCGUUUAAUAUGUAUUGUUUGGAUCACGAGAAUGGCAAAAUCACUGGAGCAUAUAAGCAGAGCUUGAAAUUUACUUAUUUAUACAUUAUGAGUUGAUAAAGUUUGUGGGUAAUGUUGCUUGUGUAAUGAACUAUGAUCACAGACAGACAGAAUACUUUUUCCUAACAGAAUUAUUAUGAUUUUAGGAAAUAUGUUUGAAUUUGUUUUUUUUAAAUGAUCGAACAUUUCUCUUUUAGCUAGAUCAAUUAUCUAAAUCUUUUAAAUACAAACCUUUCACUUUUGCCUG